AUGACGGGGCCGCUAGGGGUGGGCCUCUCCUCGCAGCUGCCCGCGGGGUGGAAGGGCAAGUGCGAGCAGUUGAGCUCGUUCCGGUGCAACAAGGUGAUUGGCACCAAGGCCUUCUAUGCCGGCUUCCAGCAGAGCAGCGGCAAGCCCGUGUUGACCAACGACUGGCUCUCGCCGCGAGAUGCGGACGGCCAUGGCACGUGGUGCGCGGGGGCAGCCGCGGGGAACCCCGUGAAGGUAAAGGGCGGCGGGCAGGUGAGCGGCAUGGUGCCGGCAGCGCGCAUUGCGGCGUACAAGGUCUUCUGGACGGAUGGCAACGGGGACAUGUACGCCACGGAGCCAGACAUCAUCGCAGCCGUCAAUCAGGGCGUGGCGGACGGUGUGGAUGUGCUGUUGCUCACCAACGGCACGGAUGGCAGCACAGGCAGCAACUUCUAUGGCAACGGCACGGACGGCAGCAGCAGCACCGUUCUGACCACUGACGGCGGGAUCACAUUCACCACUGCAUCCUCCUCCGCCCCCAUGGUGGCUGACUUCUCUUCCCGCGGCCCCCUGCUGCAGGCGUCCGCCACGGCCCAGCCGCCCAAGCCAGGCAACGCCAUCCUGAAGCCCGACAUCAUCAGCCCCGGAGUCGACCUCGUAGUCGCUGCUCCCGGCAACAAACCCGGCGACCCUGGUGCCCUCGCCCGCAUGUCGGGCACUUCAUGGGCCACCCCUCAUUUAGCCGGGCUAGCCGCUUUAAUCAUCCAAAAGUACCCCAACUGGACCCCGGCGCAGGUGAUGUCAGCGCUGAUGACGACGGCGCGGGUGACGGACACGAGCAAGAGCGCCAUCAAGAGUGCGACGGGCGGGGAGGCCACCCCGUGGGAGAUGGGCGCAGGCCACGUGUUCCCCCCGGCCAUGCUCGACCCCGGGCUCACCUACGACGCCCGCGACCGCGACUACCAGAACUUCCUGGCCGGGCAGGACCUCAACCGCGCGAAAAAGGAGUUCCCAGGGGCGGCGCUCUCCCCUCUGGCUGUGCGCAACCUCAACCUGCCCACCAUCACUCUGCCUCGCCUGCAGGGCUCCCUGCAGGUCACCCGCACCGUCACCAACGUGGGGCAGUCCCGGUCCACAUACAGUGUAUCUGGGAAGCCCCCGCAGGGCGUGAAGGUGACUGUGGGGCCUAGGAGCCUCACGCUGGCUCCCGGGGAGAAGGGGACCUACACGGUGACGGUCACGGUGGAUACCCCCAGUAAUGACUUCAAGUAUGGGUUUCUAGUCUGGGCGGACGCCCAGGGCCACAGCGUGCGGUCCCCCCUCGUGGUGCAGCCCAUCUCCCGCUGA